AUGCUACUCGAAGUUAAUCGAGCAUUAACCGCGCCGAUUCCACGUACUUCUCCAUUGCCAUCUCCAUCCACGAUCACUCGUAUUUUAAAUACGGGACCGCCCCCAGAAGCUACACCAACAUCCCUGCAACCUGCAAAACCAUCGACCAUCACACCUUACACACGAUUUAUCAUGGAACGCAUAAUCUCCAGCAGCAAUCCAGCAAUAGCUGGCGUCCUCGAUGUCGGCGGCGUUAUCCUUACCGACAAUGAGGACAACGAUGGCGAUGAAGAUAGCCUACUCAUGGCUACCUGGACAGUCCGUAUUACGAUAAUAUGGGCCCGUCAGGCCCCCUGUCCCGUUUUUACACUAGCGUGGUCAUUGAGACCAGCUAGUUUUCUCAUGUUUCUUUUUUUGUGA